UUUUAAUCCAGAUUCGAGCAGGAAGAUGAAGCUGAAGAAUAAUAAGAAGGCAGCAUUCCCUUGGUUUGGUCUGGAUAUCGGAGGCUCUCUGGUGAAGCUGGUGUACUUCGAGCCAAAUGACAUGACGACAGAGGAGGAAGAGGAGCUGGGAAGAUUACAGACAAUCUGCUCAUACCUCAGAUCCAACACGCUGUACAGGAAGUGCGCAGCCCAGGACAUUCAGCUGGAGCUACGUGACCUGAGCGUGUGUGGACAAGUCGGAACGCUGCACUUCAUUCGCUUCCAAACAGCCGAUGUCCCGCCAUUCCUCACUGCUGUGCAAGAGAAAACGACCAGCAAACUCCACAGGAUGAUCUGCGCCACCGGGGGCGGGGCAUACAAGUUUGAGAACGACUUCAGGAUGAUGUUGGGUGUGGAGUUGGAGAAGCUGGAUGAGUUGGACUGCCUGAUCCGCGGAUUGCUCUAUUUGGACUCGGUUGGGUUUAACGGAAAACCGGAGUGUUAUUAUUUUGAGAACCCGACCGAUACGCAACACUGUGUGAAGCAGCCAUGUUGUUUGGAGAACCCAUUCCCCAUGCUGCUGGUCAACAUCGGGUCGGGGGUCAGCGUCCUCGCCGUUUACUCCGAGAAGAAAUACAAACGCAUCACUGGUACCAGUCUGGGCGGGGGGACGUUUCUGGGUCUGUGCUGUUUGCUGACGGGCUGCGAGACGUUUGAGGAAGCGUUGGAGAUGGCAAGUAAAGGAGACAGCAACAAUGUAGACAAACUGGUGAAGGAUAUUUACGGAGGAGAUUAUCAACGCUUCAGCCUGCAGGGCUCCACUGUGGCAUCCAGUUUUGGACACAUGAUGAGUAAGGAGAAAAGGGACAGCAUCUCGAAAGAAGACCUGGCCAGAGCCACACUGCUCACCAUCACCAACAACAUCGGCUCCAUCGCACGCAUGUGUGCCGUCAACGAGAAAAUCGACAGGGUGGUGUUUGUCGGGAAUUUCUUGCGGAUCAACACGCUGUCGAUGAAGCUGCUCGCCCACGCCAUGGACUUCUGGUCACAAGGGCAACUGAAGGCUCUUUUCCUCGAGCACGAGGGAUACUUCGGAGCAGUCGGUGCUUUCCUUGAGCUCUUAAAGUCGUCCGAGGACCCUGAGACACGCCUCGCGUCUCUGCCUGAUGUAAACAUGUAA